AUUUUGGUGAUGUCACAGUGAGACUGUGAAUGUUAGCACCGUUUUCUUCUGCAGGAAGAUUGAAAGAAGAGAAGAAGCGCCACCAUCUCUGACUCUCUCGUAUCUCUGAUUCACAUUCACUAUCUCCAAUUUCUCAUCAAAAUCUCGCGAACUCACUCACUCUCGAUCAUUCACUACUCUCUGUUUCGUGUUCUCCGCAGAUAGAUACUAGUUUCAAAUUUCAAUCAAUGGAUUUUGAAUUUCGAAAACGCUGAUUUGUAAUUGCGACGAAUCAAUGGGACACAGUUCCAAGAAGAAGAAGCGCGGAGGAGGCGGAGGCAGUGGUCGCCGGAGCAAGGGAAGAACACCUUCCAAAGACCACGCUUCUCCCUUCGCCGCCGAUGAUAACGAGCAACUCGCCGAGGAGAUUACUGCAUUAUGUGCAAUUUUCGAAGAGGAUUGCAAAAUUGUUCCCGGUUCGCAUCCUCAAAUAGUUGUCAAGAUCAGGCCUUACUCCAAGGACAUGGGCUAUGAGGAUUUAGAUGUUUCUGCUGUUCUUGUUGUUAGGUGCUUGCCAGGGUAUCCCUAUAAAUCUCCCAAGUUGCAGAUUACUCCUGAGAAUGACUUAUCAGAAGCUGAUGCUAAUAGACUCCUGUCACUCCUUAACGAUCAGGCUAAUUUAAAUGCUAGGGAGGGACGAGUAAUGAUCUUUAAUUUGGUUGAGGCUGCUCAAGAAUUUCUGUCUGGAAUUGAGCCAAUUGCCAAGUCAACUGAAUCUAAGCAUUUACACUCAACUACGGAAAGCAAUGAAGAAUUGUUUCUCAAGGAUAUCGCAUCUUCAAAUAAGAAUAGGUCUUUUGUUUAUGGCUUCAUUGACCUUUUCAGUGGCUAUGGAGAGUCAUGGACUUGGGGUUUUGGAAUAGGUGAAACUUCUGGAAAAAGUUCUUCCCUUCCUCCCUCCAAGUUAGAUGCCUCAAAACCACGUUUUGAGGUUCAGGAAAAGAAAUCCAAUAGUAAGGAAAAACUAUACACAAUGCCAGAACUUCCUGCCAAAUUAGAUACUGUUGGAGAAGUUAGUGAAGAUGACAACACUAGCUUAUCUUUGACUCAUUCAAGCAAAUCUCUGGUGGAGGAUUAUGCAGGGAGCGACAGUGAAGGUGAGAAAGAGUAUUUUAUUGGCGAUGAGUAUACAACAGAGGAUAACGAAGAUAUGUAUGGAAGUGAGUCUUCAGAAUCUGUGUCUUCUGCCUCCCCUCGUCUGCAAGCAUCUCAAACAGUAGAAAAGGAUCUAAUAAUGGUUCACAUCCUUCGUCUUGUUUGUGCUUCAAAUGGAACAUUGGCUGACUCUUUGCCACAAUUAGCAACAGAGAUGUACAAUUUAGGGAUCUUUUCUAGUUCGGCACGUGAGAUGGCAUCUAAGCCGCCUUCCCUUUUUAACAAAUCCUUUGAUCGUGUCGUCCAGAAACACCUGGCAUCAUCCGGAAUAUCACAAUUUUGGAAACCAUCUGAUCUUGGAGGCUCUAAUAGGACUCCCCAUAGUUCUCGAUAUUUGAAUGAUUUUGAGGAGCUACAACCUCUUGGUCAUGGUGGUUUUGGUCGUGUUUUGCUGUGCAAAAAUAAACUCGACGGAAGGCAGUAUGCGGUAAAGAAAAUUCGCCUUAAAGACAAAAGCAUGCGUGACCGAAUAUUAAGGGAAGUAGCUACACUUUCUCGUUUACAGCAUCAACAUGUUGUUCGGUAUUAUCAGGCAUGGUUUGAAACUGGAGUUGCAGACUCUGAUGGUGACCUUUCCUGGGGUUCAUCGACUCCAGUGAGCUCUACUUUUAGCUAUAAAGCUGCAAGCUCCAAUAAUGCCACCGGGCAUGAAAAUCAGCAGGAAUCAACGUACCUCUACAUACAAAUGGAGUACUGUCCCAGGACACUUCGCCAGGUGUUUGAAUCAUAUAAUUUUGACAAAGAACUGGCAUGGCAUUUGUUUCGCCAAAUAGUGGAAGGAUUGGCACACAUACAUGGACAAGGAAUAAUUCAUCGGGACUUAACACCAAGUAACAUAUUCUUUGAUGCUCGCAAUGAUAUUAAAAUUGGUGAUUUUGGUCUUGCCAAGUUCUUGAAGUUGGAGCAGCUGGAUCAGGAUCUAGGUCAUGUGGCUGAUACUGGAGUUUCCGUUGAUGGUACUGGCCAAGUUGGAACAUAUUUCUACACAGCUCCUGAAAUUGAGCAAGGAUGGCCCAAGAUUGAUGAAAAGGCUGAUAUGUACAGCUUAGGGGUGGUUUUCUUUGAGCUUUGGCACCCAUUUGGGACAGCAAUGGAGAGACAUGUUGUUUUAUCUGAUCUGAAACAAAAAGGGGAACUUCCACCUACUUGGGUUGCUGAGUUUCCAGAACAGGAAUCCUUAUUGAGGCGGUUAAUGUCUCCAGGUCCUUCAGAUCGCCCUUCUGCCACAGAACUUCUCCGGAAUGCAUUUCCCCCACGGAUGGAGUCUGAAUUAUUGGAUGAUAUCCUACGAACAAUGCAGAAAUCAGAGGAUACAAGCAUUUACGACAAAGUUUUAAAUGCUAUUUUUGAUGAAGAGAUGUUAAGCACAAAACACAUUCGUCCGAUUGGUAGAUUGAGCUCAGUUGGAGAUAACAGUUCAUCCCUUCAGUAUGCAGAUUUUGUAACUGAGGUUCGGGAUUAUGUUGUAGACAUCCACAGGGAAAUUUUCAGACAGCAUUGUGCAAGGCAUCUAGAAAUAUCAACAAUGCGAUUAUUGGAUGAUUGCCCACAGUUUAAUAGAAAUGCAGUUAAACUUCUGACCCAUGGAGGAGACAUGCUUGAACUUUGCCAUGAACUGCGUUUGCCUUUUGUGAACUGGAUUAUAUCCAACCAGAAAUCUUCAUUCAAACGAUAUGAGAUAUCAUGUGUUUACAGAAGAGCAGUUGGACACUCAGCACCAAACCGCUACCUUCAGGGAGAUUUUGACAUUAUUGGUGGUGCCUCAGCUUUGACAGAGGCAGAGGUCAUUAAGGUCACAAGGGACAUAGUCACUUGUUUUUUCCAUGCAGACUUAUGUGACAUUCAUCUAAACCAUGCUGACCUCCUGGAUGCAAUUUGGUCAUGGAUUGGAGUCAAGGUAGAACACAGACUUAAAGUAGCAGAGCUUCUUUCAAUGAUGGGUUCUUUGCGUCCACAAUCCUCAGAAAGGAAAUCAAAAUGGGUAGUUAUAAGGCGGCAGCUUUUGCAGGAACUGGAUUUGGCAGAAGCUACAGUAAAUAGGUUGCAGACAGUAGGUUUAAGAUUCUGUGGUUCUGCUGAUCAGGCUCUUCCCAGACUAAGAGGAGCUCUUCCAUCUGAUAAGCGUACAUUGAAGGCCCUUGAUGAGUUGUCUGAGCUUGUCAGUCUCUUGAGAAUUUGGAGGAUUGAUAAAAAUGUCUAUAUAGAUGCAUUAAUGCCACCAACUGAAAGUUAUCAUAGAGAUAUGUUUUUUCAGGUAUACUUAAGGAAGGAAAACAAUCCCGGAUCACUCACUGAAGGUGUCUUGCUGGCUGUUGGUGGCCGAUAUGACUAUUUGCUUCAUCAGUUGUGGAAUAAUGACUAUAAAGGGAAUCCUCCAACUGGUGUGGGGACUAGUCUUGCACUAGAGACAAUAAUUCAGAACUGUCCAGUAGAUUUUCGGCCCAAUAGAAAUGAAGCCAGCACCAAUAUUCUUGUCUGUUCAAAAGGAGGAGGCGGUCUGUUGGAGGAGCGCAUGGAACUAGUUGCUGAAUUAUGGGAGGAGAACUUCAAGGCUGAAUUUGUGCCCACCCAUGAUCCUAGUCUUACGGAGCAGUAUGAGUAUGCUAAUGAACACGAUAUCAAGUGUCUUGUCAUUAUGACGGAUACCGGUUUCUCUCUGACAGAUUCUGUUAAGGUUCGACACCUUGAACUUAAGAAGGAGAAAAGUAUCGAGAGAAAAAACCUUGUCAAGUUUCUAUCGGAUGCUAUGGCAACACAAUUUAGAAACCCCUCCAUCUGGAUUUGAUCUGUUAUUGAUUUUUGAAACUCAACUGUUUUGCCUUCAAACAUCAAUAGAGGAUGGAGUUGUUCUUGGUUGAUAAUGAUGAUUAUGCUUCACUCAGCAGCUGAACGAAGAUUUUGAGAGUAGAAUAGAUUGUGUAUAUCAGUUUUGCAGCUUUAUUUGAUCCCGCCUCUCUCUAUCUUGCUUUUUUCAGUUUUUUUUUUCUCUACAUGGUUAGUUUUGAUGAUGUAAAUGAAAUUUGUAUAUAGUAUUAAACUCGUUUUAAUUUAUUUAGGUGCAUAAAGUAGCUGUUGUUGAACAACUGAAAUUUUAUUCUUGUUCUUAUAUUGAGAGCAGUUGGUAUUCA